AUGUCUUCAUCAUCUUCUUCAACACUUCCAUGGAAACACGAUGUUUUCCUCAGUUUCCAUGGCGAGGACACCCGCAAAGCUUUUACUGAUCAUCUAUACGUUAGUUUAAAAAAGAAAGGUAUUAUUGCCUUCAGGGACGAUGAAAAACUCGAGCGGGGAACGUUCAUAGCUCCGGAGCUCUUAAAAGCAAUAGAAGAAUCCAAGCAUGCGGUCGUCGUUCUCUCACCAAACUACGCUUCUUCGAGGUGGUGCUUGAUUGAACUCGCCAAGAUCGUUGAAUGCAUGAAAAAGACAGGGUUGACAGUUCUACCUGUUUUCUACCAUGUGGAUCCCGCUGAUGUGCGGAAACAGGCAGGUAGUUUUGCAAAAGACUUCGUCAAACAUGAACAAGAUCCCAGAAUUACAAAUGAGGAUUUGCAAACCUGGAAAGCUGCUUUGCAAGAUGUGGGCUAUAUCUCAGGAUGGCCCUUAGAUAUAUAUCGGUAUGAAUCAACGAUUAUUGCAGAGAUCAUUGCGACCGUAAAUAGGGAUGCAGGUAAUAGCCAACUUUCGAGUGUUAAUUCCAGGGACCAUGUUGGAAUAGAAUUACGUGCGGAGAAAGUGAUGGAUUUACUGAACAUGGUGAAGGAUGAAGUUCGGUUUAUAGGGAUAUCUGGGUUGGGUGGAGUGGGCAAAACCACCUUGGCAAAACUCAUUUGUGACAGAAUUUCAUAUAAAUUUGAAGCUUAUAGCUUUAUUUAUAAUAUCAGGGAAGAAGCCGAAAGACAUGGUCUAGUUUAUUUACAAAGAAAACUUCUUUCGGACAUCCUUAUCAUGGAGAGAGAAACAGUAGGAAAUGUAUGGAAUGAUCAUGCAGUGACAAAAAAUAUGGGGAGUCGACUACGUGGGAGAAAGGUUCUUAUUAUUUUGGACGAUGUGAAUAAAGCAAGUCAACUAGAAGCAUUAGCAGGGGAGCAUGAGUGGUUUGGAAAAGGGAGCAGGGUAAUUGUAACUGGUAGAGACAAACAGCUGUUGACAAGCAAUAAAGUGCAAGCUAUAUAUACGGUAAGUGGAUUAGAUUCUGAUGAAGCACUGCAACUUUUUAGUCGGAAAGCCUUCGGGAAAUCCUAUCCCGAACAAAAUUAUUUGAGUCUAUCCAUCGAUUUUGUAAAUUAUGCAGACGGCCUUCCUCUAGCUCUAAAAGUUCUGGGUUCCUCCUUGUUUGGUAAAUCGACAGAUAUAUGGGAAAUUUCAAGGGAUCAACUCAAAUCCAAUCCUGAUAGAGAAAUUUUUGAUAUACUGGAAAUAGGUUUUGAGAAACUGGGGGAUAUGGAGAAAAAAUUAUUCUUGGACAUUGCAUGUUUCUUCAGAGGAGAGGACACAAAUAGCAUAAAGGAUAUACUAAAAGGUUUAGGUUACCUUCCAGAUUGCAAAAAAAAUAUAGAUGUACUUGUGGACAAAUCUCUCAUAAGCGUCGUUGGGAGAAAACUGUGGAUGCAUGACUUGCUACAAGAAAUGGGCCAAAAUAUAGUUCGUCGUGAAUUUCCGGAAGAUCCUGGCAAGCAUAGUAGGUUGUGGCUCUGGGAAGAUGUGAUUUCUGUAUUGAAGAAUGCUGAGGUACUGAUCACAGGUUGA